GACCUCAAUCUUGUCGCUACCAUUAGACACUCAAGGCAUGCAUCUACUUGCAAUCGAUUUACUUUAACUGAGCUCAUCAAACGCAAGCCAGUGAGGACGCAACCAGGGCCCAUAAGCCACAACGCUUCAGUUACCACGGCACCAAGAAGUCUGCCUACUGCCAUUUCUCCAGCCUCCCAUGUCGUCCAACCUCCAGAGAGGCUCGGCAGCUGCCUCAGGCGGCGCGCCCUCUGGUCUUGAGGGCCAUCUUCGCAACCUCAACCUGUCAAACGGUUCGGAUGGACAAGAAGCUCCCUCGCCCGGACCUUCUCAAGCCAUUCGAAACUCUUGGCCGGCCGCUGCUGCAAACGUUUGCCAGCCUCAAAAUGGUCCGUCCGACGAUGGCAUCAUCAAGGAAGAUCACACCAAGGGCCCUUCGCAACAGUCCAAACAGGGGCGCAAACGGCCCAACCAGGCUCAGAGACGUCAGAUGAACUCUCAAUUCUCUAUCCCCAUUGACCCUCGCCCUCAGCAGCCCCCCCAACCUCGUCAGCACUACAGUCCGACUUCGCAUCAUUCGCGGCCAUCCCAGUCUUACCAGCGGCACAUGUACACAAACUCUCACCCUCGGUCUCUGCCCCAGCAAGGUCACCCGAAUCCGUCCCAUUACCAAGGACCAUGGAAUGGCCCUCCUCCGCAUCACGGCGGUCCUCAAAUUGCGUUCCCUCGGAAUCAGGCCCACAUCUACCACCCAGUCUCCGGACAGGUUUACAACUCCAAACGUCAGCCUCAUUUCACGCCAGAAGAUGUCGCUGCCCAAGCCGCUCUCCUCGAUAGCCUUUGUUUCCAAGUCGUCUCCAACUCCGAGAUUGAGUUAUCAGAGAUCGCUGAAAAGGAGGCCUUCCGUUGCCAUAUCGAGGCCAUCAGCCGCGAAGCCAUUACCAAGUUUGAGCAAGAACGGGAUGCGUCUCUUGAGUUUCAUCCCGCCUCCGUCGAGCUUAAAUGCUUCGGCAGUCUAUCGUCCGGCUUCGCCACCAAGGCAUCAGACAUGGACCUCGGCCUUCUCUCUCCCAUGUCCGCACCUCCGCCCGAUGCCGCCGGUUCUCAGAUCCCGCGUCUUCUUGAAAAAGCAUUUCUGAAUGCUGGACUUGGUGCGAGGCUUCUGACACGAACUAGGGUCCCAAUUAUCAAGCUGUGUGGGAACCCACCCGAGAAGCUUCGCCAAGACCUUCUUGACGAACGUUACAAAUGGGAGAAUGGACUUGAUAACGAACCCCAUGACACUCAUGAAGAUGAUGAGCAUGAUAACGCCGCUUCUCAUGAUCACGAAGACCAAACCCAGGUAGCAUCUGCUGGAGAUGGUGAACCAUCUCCCACAGAGUUCACAGUGCCCGACCAAGCCACCGGGCUGACGCAAAGCUUCCAACUCAAGCAAGGACCCAAGAGCUCUCUUUCAUCCUAUUAUGGCCUAGCCAAGCGGAUUCUUCGAAGAGCUGGCGGACGUGAUGUUACGAUUUCCAACUGUCGCGACUUCACUGAUCAAGAUUGGGACAUUCUGAAUCGUGUAUGUCGGGCUUUUUUUUUCGGCCUUGCUGACCCGCAACUUCGAAAGCGCUUAUCCGGCUACCCGUCUCUUUCAUUCGACGACACGCCCGGCAACCGAUCUCUCCUAGGUGUCUUCUCGCAGAUUGAGGGUGAAGAACUUGUCCAACUCUGGAAGAAGGGAGGCGUUCGAAGUAAAAGGGCGAAUCCACACGCCGAAGACGUCAUGAACACUUGGGAGGGGGCGCAGAUGACCACAAGCUUUGGCGACGACCCUGUUUACUUUACGAAACAACUCCAGUUGGCUUUGGAUAAACUCAAGAGACUGCCAGUACUUCAGUUCUUGACCUUGGAGCAGGGGCAGCAUGAAACCCCUUACGAAUACGGCGACCGCACCCAUGGAAUUUCUCAACAUAUCGAGCUUGCCGACGAUGACAGCACCCCAUACUUUGCACGCCCCGCGGCCGUCGAAGAAGAAUUCCCUGUCCUCAAUAAGCCGGAAUUGCUGGAAGCAGUUAUGAAACGAUAUGUUGCUGGAAUUUAUCAAGAGGAUCUUCGGCGUGGCGUGCAAGAGUACAUUGAUUCCUGGAGCCAUUGGAUGCCAUUCACUGUCAUGGUACGAAAACAUGCGAUUCUUCAUUUGAUAUGGGAGCUUGAGAGAGCCCUUGAGAAAGACCUAUACGAAGCACGCCACAUUGAAGACAUUAAGGAGUAUAUCAAACUGCUCCGGUCCCCCAUUACGAGAGCCCCUGGUCCGCCUUAUCUUCAAGAAUACAUAAUUGUGCUCAACACUGAAACAGCUGCCCUCGCUGACAGGAUUCGCAUGAUCCCAGACCCUCACAAAAUGGCCCCCAACCAGCCUCGAGACCGAUACCGAGAUCGCUUGGAAUUUCCCAAGACAGGUGCUGGUGUGCAGUGCGAUAUCAACUUCUCGGCUCACCUCGCUCUCCAAAACACUCUGCUCCUGCGAUGUUACUCCCACACUGACCCACGAGUUCGACCAAUGGUGUUGUUCGUGAAGGUUUGGGCAAAGAUUCGUGGGAUCAACUCGGGAUACCGCGGAACCUUGAGUAGUUAUGGCUACGUCUUGAUGGUUCUCCACUAUCUUGUCAAUGUCGCCAAGCCAUUUGUGUGUCCCAAUCUUCAACAGUUGGCUCCCCAUCGACCUCCCAACCUAUCCCCAGCUGCGAUAGAAAAUACGGUCGUGUGUCGAGGUCACAAUAUCGAAUUCUGGCGGAACGAAGACGAGAUUUUGCACCUCGCUCGUGGGAACCGAAUCAAUCACAACACAGAGAGUGUUGGUCACCUCCUCCGUGGCUUCUUCGAGUACUAUGCCUUCAUGGGACCGAUGACUUCUUUCUCCGGAAAGGGAUUUGACUGGGGCAGGGACGUGCUUAGCUUACGAACUCCGGGUGGACUUUUAUCCAAGCAAGAGAAGGGCUGGACCGGUGCCAAGACGGUUCUCGUCCUUCAGGGUGCGGGUGCUAAUGUUGCACCAGACCAAACGGUGGCGCCUCUUCAGAAUCCCGCCGCCACAAGCAGUGCCGGAAAUGGAACACAACCCAAGCCGGCGGCUUCAGCGAAUAAGAGCGCCGAGGUCAAGGAAGUUCGUCACCGAUACCUCUUUGCCAUCGAAGAUCCAUUCGAGUUGGAUCACAAUGUUGCGCGGACUGUCACUCACAAUGGUAUUGUAUCAGUACGGGAUGAGUUCCGCCGGGCGUGGAGGAUCAUCAGGGCAACGGGCAACGGCAGCUGGCAGGAGAACUUGUUCCGAGAUGUGAAUGAGGGUGAGGUAGAGAAAGACCCCUUCUUACGACUGUUGGACACUAUUCAUGGAGUUGGGAUGGUUUAGCAGGUGCCCAUUGAGUGAUGUCUCCACAAGGGUUGGGCUGGUUGGCGGCGGCGCACAGGGGGUAUCCGGUCAGGAUUCAGAAAAGGACGCCAGGAUGGAAGAGACAAAGUAUUGUAGAGUAGUUUACUGCUAGGUUAUGCAUUACUGGGACACAAAUUGAACUUUGUUACUCGCACACA